AUGGCGGAAGAGCUACAAGCACUUCAACGACGGUGCGAAUUCACUAAGGCGAAGAUCGCACGCAUCAAAACAAACCUCAUCAAAGCAGAUGAUGAGCAGAUUCCUGUCGACGAAUAUGUGCUGGAUACAUUUCUACGUACGAUUGAUGCUGCGUACCUCGACAUGAACGAUUGCCAAGCAAAGUUGUUUGCUGCUACGCCACACAAGCAGGAGGAAGAAGAACAGGAGUAUUUUGAGUUCGAACAAUUGUACACGGAAGUGCGAGCGGAAGUAUGCAGGCAGUUGGAUAGACACAAAAAACAGGAGCUACAGGUGCAUUCCGGUCUACAUCUGGUAUCCAAUGCGCCACAGAUUCGAGUACAACAGUCCGUGUUACCACAUACACCGCUACCGAUGUUCGACGGGAAACCAGAGCAUUGGUUCAAAUUUAAGUCGAUGUUUCUAGAUAUCAUGAAGAAGUGUCCGUCCGAGGAUGCUGCUACAAGGUUAUACCACUUGGAUAAGUGUCUAAUCGGGGAAGCGGCCGGUGCGAUUAACCAGCAGUUUAUCAACGCAAACAAUUUUGACGGUGCAUGGAACUUUCUCCAGCAACGAUACGAAGAUAUACGGAAAAUCGUAGACAUUCAUGCAUCUCGGUUGCUUCAGCUCAAACCGAUGACUCAAGAAAGUGGUAAGCAGUUGAGAAAACUAAUCGAAGAAUGCGUAAGGCAUGUCGAUUCGCUCAGAUACUACGGGUACGAUGUACUAGGCCUCUCAGACAUUCUGUUGGUAAAUGUGAUUGCCUCUCGACUCGAUUUCGAAACAAAAAAGAUGUGGGAAGCUACAAACAAGCACGUUCUCGAACGGGUAGAGGCCAGUCAGCAGAAGGUUAAACAAAAACCUAGCGCGCCAGUGCACGCGCAGAAGUUACAGACAAAAUCUACGACGCUUACGGUGACAAGCGAAACAAAAUGCGUGUUCUGCGAGAAGGCGCACUUCAACCAUCAGUGUGAAGAGGUUCUCAAACUUUCUGCUACCGACAGAAACGCCAAAGCCAAGCAAGCUGGCGUAUGUAACAAUUGUCUGAGAAAAGGGCACAUGACAGCAAAAUGUUCAUCAAAGCACUCUUGUCGUGACUGCAACAAACGACAUCACACGGUUCUACACAUUGACAUCCCGAAACCGAGUGAUGAUACAUGCAAAACUACUGAUGUUCAGUCUACCGAAACCGGCAAAGCUUCGACAAAUACGAGCAACGUAGUAACCCUUAACUGCGCCACAAGUACUAACGAACAAAAAGCAGUGCUGCUAUCAACAGCGAUCGUGAACAUACUCGAUGUACAUGGACAGAGCAAGCUAUGCCGUGUUUUACUUGAUUCCGGAUCGCAGCUGCACCUGAUUACUGAGGCAAUGGCUAGUCUCCUUGGUAUUAGUCGAAAUCGAUGUUCCACCAGUGUCGUCGGUAUCAACGGCAAGGAAACGCCUGUCAAACACAUGUUAGCUGUUCAGUUUGGCUCACGUAUCAACGGAUAUAUACAACAAAUCGAAUGUCUCGUCGUUCCUCGGAUUGCUAACAUUCUUCCAGCAAGCAAGCUCAACGUAUCCGACUGGAUUAUUCCGGAUGGAGUUUUGUUAGCAGAUCCAAACUUUUACAAGCCCCAGCGCAUCGAUCUCCUAAUUGGUGCACAACUGUUUUUCCACAUACUGAGGACUGGGCAAAUACAGCUCGGCGAUAAAUUACCGGUCCUUCAAGAGACGACACUUGGAUGGGUAGUUUCGGGUGCUGUUACCGGACAUUCAUCAUACCGUCAAUACAAAGGCUGCCACACAGCGCUUUCCGAUCCUGAUCAUCAACUCGAACAGUUAAUCCAACGUUUCUGGGAGUUGGAAGAAGUUCCACUAUCAACGAAGCUGUCGAGUGAAGAGGAGUUAUGUGAACAACAUUACCAACAAACAACGACCCGGGACAUCUCCGGCCGAUAUGUGGUCAGAUUACACUUCCGUAACACCACUGACAAGCUUGGCGACUCACGCCAGCAGGCGCUCCAAAGGUUUGGACACCUUGAAAGACGCCUGGCAAACAAAUCGGAGCUGAAAGAACAAUAUGAUUUCUUUAUGAGGAAUACAUACGGCUCAACCACUGUAAGGAAACGCCUGAGUCAGAGGAUUCAUGACGACGACAAGAAAUUUCAGAGGAUCAUUUGGCGAAAGCAUCCUACGGAUUCACUUCAAACAUAUGAUCUGACAACUGUGACAUAUGGUACAGCGUCAGCACUGUUUGCAGCCACACGCACUCUGAAUCAAUUAGCUGCUGACGAGGGAUCUAAAUUUCCACUGGCUGCUGCGAUUGUGGUCAAGGAUUUUUACGUGGAUGAUGUUUUGUCCGGAGGCGAUUCAGUGAACGAAAUUCAAACUGCUGCUGAGCAAUUGACACAGCUGUUAGACAGCGGCGGGUUCCAGUUACACAAGUGGUGCACUAAUUCAGCUGAGUUUUUGGAAUCAAUUCCCGACGAGCUACGAGAGAAGCAAUCAACUUUAGAAAUAAGUGGAGCAAAUGACGUUAUCAAAACACUAGGGCUGCUUUGGAAUCCGUCGUCGGACGAAUUAGCUUUCAGGAUAAACCCGAUUCAAGCGCAAACUGCGAUACAAAGCGACAUAUUCUGUCAGAGAUGUCAAAAAUUUAUGAUCCUCUCGGGCUGCUUGCACCGGCCACGUUAG